AUGGUUAACCAAACACAAUAUCAAGAAUUAAUAGGGGAACUUUUAUAUCUCUCGAACAGAACACGACCUGACUUAGCAUUUGUCAUGAGCUACUUAUCUCAAUUUUAUCAUAAACCUGAGAAACGACAUUUUAAUUUAGCUAAAAGAGUGUUAAAAUAUCUCAAUGGUACAAAGGAUAAGAAAUUAUUUUUUAGUAACAAAUCAGGACUUUUGAAUGCUCAUGCCGAUUCAAGCUGGGGAAAUGCUGAAAAUGGGAAAUCAUUUUCAGGAGAAAUUGUAAUGUUAGGUGAUUCUUUAAUUUUAUGGAAGAGCAAUAAACAAAAAACAGUUGCUCUAUCUACUUGUGAAACGGAACUUGUUUCUUUAGGUGGUGUCUGUAGAGAACUAAUGUGGAUAUUAAUUUUAUUGAAAGAAUUGUAUUGUUCUAUAUUUGUAAAGAAACCUGUGACCAUUUCGUCUGACAAUCAAUCUGCAAUUGAUUGGUUGAAUAGUGCAAAAUCAUCUUCUAGAACGAGACAUAUAAAUUUGAAGCUUCAUUACGUAAAGGAUAUAAUUGGCAAAAUUAUUAAAGUAGAGUAUGUGCAAACGGACGAAAUAAUCGCAGAUUUCCUAACUAAAGCUGUAACUUUUGACAAGCUCACUUGGACUGUGUCGUAA